AUGGCGGAAGUGAUUGGCCUCGUGCGGAACUUCUACUCGUCGAGGAGGGCGUUGCUGUCGCCGACAGAGCUGAGGAGCAUCGGGCCCAUCUGCUCCGCGCUCGAAUCGCUCAACUACAAGCGAGCGCUUCUCCUCUCUGAUCAAGUCCUGAAGCGGUCACCGGGCGAUGCAUCGGCUCUGGCCCUCAAAGCGCUGGCUCUCUCUGUCAGCUCGAAACCCCUCCCUUCCUCGACCCAGCAGGAUAUCCUCGAGGUCAUCGAGGCGGUGAAGGGCGGUGCAGGCUUGGGAGAUGCGGAUGUCCUCAUGAUCCUGAGCUACGUCCUGCGAGGGAUUGACCGCGGCGAGAUGGCGCUCGAGCUGCUCACAAAGGCGACACAACUGCAUCCGGACAACGAGGAGCUCGCGCUCGAGGCUUUCACGCAAUACAUGAGGUCAAACGACUGCAAGAGCGCGCAACUCGUCAGCACAAAGAUGUCGAAGCGGUUCAAGGACGAUCGGUACUUCUGGUGGUCGAUCAUGUCGACCAUUCUCCAGGUCCGGGAUCUUUCGCACCCGCAAGGCGAGCUUCUGCUCUCGCUGGUCGAGCGGCAACUCUCGACACGCUUCUCGGCCAUGCUGAACGCUCCGACAGCCGACUCGGCGGGAGAGAAGCCGACCUCCGCUUCCUACGCCUCCGCAGACGAAUUCCACGUUGUCACCCGCUUCCUCGAGCUGCGGGCACAGUACGCUGCGCUCCAAGCCGACUCGCCUAACACCUCUGCCUCUAUCUCCUCAACCGCCCUCGUCCUCCCGUCCCUCCCAUCCUCCGAUACCCCGCUCUCGCCCGCAAAAGCCCUCCUCGCGCACUUCUCCUCCCCCGAAGCCGACAAAUGGUGCGAGCAAAACCUCGGUCUCGACUUGUGGCGACGAGAAGCGGAACUUGCGUAUGGAUCGGCCGAGGGGGGCGAGUGGAAGAAGCUGUGGAAGCGGCUAAAGGUAGCGCUGGAGAAGGGCGACAUCAACUGGCAUACAAUGCUGUACCUCACCCGCGCGGCACUCGCCAUCGCAGCCGGCUCCUCCUCGACGUCAACCGAUUCCUCCCCUUCACCCGAAGGACUCGAUCUCCUCUCGCAAACACGACAGCUCUUCCGCUCUCUCGCUACCGAAUCGCCAAGAGCCAAGGUCGAGCGAGGUUACUUGCUCGGACAGCUCGAGAUUGCGCGUGAAUUGCGGCUGAGAGGAUGGGAAGCUGUCGACGACUUGCUCGCGCUCGUCAAGGAGUACCUCGAGCGCUUCGGGUCGAAGGCUUGCUGCUUCGACGACCUGCAUCCCUACCUUGAGAUCCUGAGCGAUGCAGAGACGACAGACCUGCAUGAGCUGCUGUCAGAGGCGUCAGAGGCGGAGCUGAAGACUGUCGCGGCCGCUACGAAGGUUAUCAACGCCCGCAGGGUUUUGCGCUUUCUCGCGAAGGAGUCAACGGAUGCGGCGCAGGAAAAGCUCGAGGCGGAGAAGCACAUCAAGCGAUACUUCGACGCCUUGCCGCUCGGCAAGGAGCUUCCGCCGACAGAGCUGCAACCGGCAGACGACUUUGCGCUCCUUGCUGGCCAAGCCUACGUUUCCGCCUACCAUCUUUCUCACGACCGAUCGUACCUCGAGCGCGCCCUCAUCGUUCUCGAACACGUCCUGCUGCGAAGCAAGUACAAGUACCAGGUCCGCGUCCUCACGAUCAACAUCCUCCGCCUGCUCGGCGCCUCGUCUGCCGCUCUCGCCCACUACCGCAUCUUCAGCGUCAAGAACGUCCAGUACGACACGCUCUCGCACAUCGUCAUGGCGCGCGGCGCGACUUUCGCGAUCGAGUCGGGCAAGGAUGUUGGCGUGUUUGAGGAGGCGCUCGCGACGUCAGCUUGGUACGCGAGCGGGCAGCGAGAAGCGCGCGAGAUGGUCGUCAAGGCGUUCAACAACAACGCGCUGUCGAAGAUCGAAGACUUCUCUGAGUUCCGUCACCGACUCAUGAAGUCGCUCCAAGAUGGUCUCAGGACACUCGAGACGCUCCGCAUGCGCGUCUUGCGAGGCGUACUCGACGCUGUAGCAACGGACGAAGCGGCGCAGGCGCUCAAGCGGCUGAGCGAGGCUUCCGCAGUCUCGUACUCGGACAACCGCGACUUCAAGACGCUGCCGAACUACCAGAGCAAGCGAUCGCGGCAGAUCUGGCAGCAGACGGAGAUGGGAGACCGGCUCGACGCGGUCUGGCUGCGCGCAAUGGCGAGCACGUACUCGCGCUUCUUCGCCCCAGCAUCGGAGGUACCCGCCUGCGAAGCGCCCUCAUCCAUGACACGGGCCGAAGCCGCCUUGCUUUCCUUCUCUCGCCUCGCGCAAGUUGUCCUCGUCGCAGAACUCGCGCAAGCGGCCGAGGCCGAGCAGGCUGCGCUCGUCUUCUUCAAGGACCAAGCCGAGCUGUUUGCUGCGACCGUCGAUGACCCGAAGUCGCUGUCGUGGGAGGUGUUGCAGAUUGCGGAGGUCACGCUCGAGGCCUUCACGCUGCUCGAGCUCGGCAUCAACCAGCGAUUAGGCGAGCUGGCAGCGACAAAAGCGGCAGACCAAGCGAAGCACUCGAAGCGUCUUCGGGCGUUCCGCAACUCUGCUCGGGACCUCGUCAAGCCUGUCGGCGCCAAGAUGACGGCGUACGGCAAGAAAGUCGGCAAGGACCGACCAAAGAUUGUCGCAGCCGUUGCCGACCUCCAAGCUUUCCCUGCUUUCGACGAGGACCGCAUCACGAACGUCGCGCACGCUCUCGUCGAGUCCCGACGCAGCGCAGCCGAAGCGCUCGGCUCCGCCAUGCAUCGGAGGACGGUCAAGUAG